UGUACUAAAGCAGGUAAAUAAUAGUGGACUUUGAAAUUAAUCAUGGAUAGUUUGUCUGUAAUAAGUCCCACUUCUCUCUUUCACUCUGAAAGAAUUCUUUGCCAUCAGCGGACCCAAGAAUUUCUCUCAAGAGUUCUUAUUACAGACAUUAUCUUCUUAGCUGCCAUUAUUGUGUCGAAAUUUAGUGUUCCAGUUGGACGGAGCGAUCUCAUUCUUGCUUUCACUGAACCAAAUACCCUCUCGACUGGAGCUACUUCUGGGCAGUAUGCUGGAAGAAAAUUCAUCUCGUUUCUCAACUUUUUCAUCACUAUUUUAGUGACCUUGGAACAAUGAAUAACAACAUUGUCUGCCAGAUAGACUAUUCCGCCUCAUUCAUCAAAGUUUCUAAUUUUAUCAUGAACUCUAAAAGUUGUAGAAACUUAAGUAAUCUUUUGAAGACAUAGUCUUCCAAGCUAUAUAUGAUACUCAGCUCCCAUCACUCCCUGUUGCUACUACAAGAUUUAGCUUCUCUUUGGGACAAUAAGUCGAUCAUAUUUUGGUUCCUUUAAUAGGUAACCAGCUGUACUUCCUGAUCAAAGACCGAUCAAAGCUCGAUUCAUCAAUAUGAUUUAUAGUACAGAAUUUAUAAGACUCUCGAAAGUCUGAGCUGGUCUGCAUUAUCUGGGAGGAGACUACUGGAGAUCAUUUGGUUCUCAAGCCUUCCCUGAAAGGGGGCCUGGCCUUCAAAAUCAGUUCGAUGGACCUAAUCAGUAGUUCUGGUUGAAUAAGAGCUCUUCUUGAGAUACUAUUCUACUUUUAUGGUCAAUUAGCUUUCUCCUCUUCUUUCACUAAUAGCUGCUUUAGCCUACUCCUGACAAUCAAAUAUUCUACAUGAAUGUAUUGGCCUGACUGGCUUUCUGAGGCUGGACCUUUAGCCUUUAAUCACGCUCUAAUUGCUUUCACUAUAAACCUCCCUUUUUCUGAAGAGCAUAGAUUCUUCAAACUUUACCCCUGAAGAUGUGAUC